AAACACCCCUCGUCUACUCCUUUGUUUGACAGGGCGGAGUCAGGCGGUGCAGAGGUGUUUCGGUGGGAGUCCACAGAUUCACGGGGGCUUGAACCUGCUGCCAACGAGGAAGCGCCACGGAAAACAGCAGGAAUAUCCAGCUUUUCUGUGCUUAUUGGCCCUCGUUUUCCCCCAGUCGUUUGUCUUGGUCUCUAAGGUAAACAGGUCAAAAUGUCGACGAUGGAUCUGGAGAAGCUGAAGAUGAUGGGGGCUGGUCGGGCCAUGGCAGUGCUGACUAGCGGUGGAGAUGCACAAGGGAUGAACGCCGCGGUCCGGGCUGUGACCAGAAUGGGCAUUUAUGUGGGGGCCAAAGUGUAUCUCAUCUACGAGGGAUACCAAGGCCUGGUUGAUGGGGGCGAUAACAUCAAAUUAGCACACUGGCAUAGCGUGACCAACAUCAUCCAGCUGGGUGGGACCAUUAUAGGUAGCGCCCGCUGUAAGGCCUUCACAACCCGCGAGGGACGGCUCGCCGCUGCCUUUAACCUCGUGAAGAAAGGCAUCACCAACCUGUGCGUGUGCGGAGGCGACGGCAGCCUCACCGGAGCCAACAUCUUCCGCAACGAGUGGCGCGGUCUGCUGGAUGAGCUUGUGAAGAAAGGAAGGAUAACGGACGUCUUGGCAGAGAAGCACAACCACCUGAACAUCGUGGGGCUGGUGGGCUCCAUAGACAACGACUUCUGCGGCACCGACAUGACCAUUGGGGCCGACUCUGCGCUGCAUCGCAUUAUGGAGAUAAUCGAUGCGAUCAUGACCACCGCUAAUAGCCACCAGCGCACUUUUGUUCUUGAAGUCAUGGGCCGACACUGUGGGUAUCUGGCGUUGGUGUCGGCAUUGGCUUCUGGAGCAGACUGGCUCUUCAUACCUGAGUCUCCUCCCCUGGAGGGCUGGGAGGACAGGAUGUGUGCUCGACUAGAGCGGAGCCGCACAAAGGGGUCAAGACUCAACAUUGUAAUACUUGCAGAGGGAGCCACUGACGUAAAUGGAAAGCCCAUCUCUUCAAGCUACAUCAAAGAUCUGGUCACAAAGAGGAUGGGUUAUGACACCAGAGUAACUGUACUCGGCCACGUCCAGCGAGGAGGAACUCCUUCAGCUUUUGACAGGAUACUGAGCAGUAAACUGGGGGUAGAAGCUGUUAUUGCCCUGAUGGAGGCCACUCCUGAUACCCCGGCCUGUGUCAUUGGCCUGUCAGGAAACCACGCGGUCCGUCUGCCUCUGAUGGAGUGUGUGGAGAUGACUAAGCUGGUGCAGAAGGCCAUGAAUGAAAAGAGGUUUGAUGAGGCGGUUAAACUGCGUGGAGGGAGUUUUGAAAACAACUGGAACAUCUACAAGCUCCUUGCCUUCCAGAAGCCGGCUCUGUCUGAGAGCAACUUCUCUCUGGCCGUCUUGAAUGUCGGCGCUCCGGCUGCAGGGAUGAAUGCGGCAGUGAGGUCUGCCGUGAGGUUGGCACUCGCUCACGGACACAAGGUCUACGGCGUCCACGACGGCUUUCAAGGGCUCGCCAAUGGAGAGAUUUUUGAGAUGAAAUGGCGCAAUGUGGCUGGAUGGACCGGCCAGGGGGGCUCACUGCUGGGAACCAAACGGACCCUGCCUGAGACCGACAUGGAGAAAAUUGUGGAGAACAUCGCUAAGUUCAACAUCUCCGCCCUGCUUGUAAUCGGAGGCUUCGAGGGGUUUGAAGGUGUGCAGCAACUGUACGACGCCCGCAGCCAUUACGAUGAGCUCUGCAUCCCCAUGUGUGUUGUCCCUGCUACCAUCAGCAACAACGUCCCCGGGACCGAUUUCAGCCUGGGGGCGGACACCGCCGUCAAUGCAGCCAUGGAGGGAUGUGAUAAAAUCAAGCAGUCUGCCUCUGGGACCAAGCGGCGUGUUUUUGUGGUGGAAACAAUGGGGGGAUACUGCGGUUAUCUGGCAACCUCUACUGGCAUAGCUGUCGGUGCUGAUGCUGCCUACAUAUUUGAAGAGCAAUUUAACAUCCAUGACCUCAAGGCCAAUGUGGAGCAUUUAGCUGAGAAGAUGAAGAAGGACAUCCAGCGCGGUCUGGUAUUGAGGAACGAGAAAUGCCAUGAAAACUAUUCUACAGAUUUCAUUUAUCGGCUGUAUUCAGCAGAGGGGAAGGGUGUCUUUGACUGCAGGAUCAAUGUGUUGGGACACCUGCAGCAGGGAGGGUCACCAUCUCCCUUUGAUAGAAACUUUGGCACCAAGUUGGGUGUCAAGGCUGUCCAGUGGAUCACAGAGAGGUUGACUGAGUGCUUCAGACAAGGCCGAGUGUUUGCCAACUCACCAGAGACUGCGUGUGUGCUCGGCAUCAACAGGAAGAUUGCUUCUUUCAUCCCUGUGACUGAGCUAAAGGCUUUGACGGAUUUUGAGCACAGGAUGCCCAAUGUGCAGUGGUGGGCCAAUCUGCGGCCGCUGUUAAAAAUGCUGGCCAGGUACCAAACCAACUUCUGCGAAUAUGUCCCCGGAGAGAUCGAGCACGUGACUCGACGCUCCAUCAGCAUCGACGCUGGAUACUGAGCCUCCUUCAGAAAACAACAUUUGCAUCCAUUUCCCUCCCUUAUCUGUCCAUCCCUCAUUUUUGAGAUGACACUGAGGAAGAUUCCAUAUAUUAUAUUUAAAAAGUGUGCUCUCUUAGCUCCCUUGCACUCAAUUUUUCCUGCUUGCAUGUAGAUGAUUCUUUUUGGUGCUCAAACCUGCUGAUCUGAAACCACAUCUCUCAAUCCCAGCUUCUCUGCUUUUACACGAGAGUAUUGCUGUCAAACUUUCUAUAUGUUCAGAGUUAAUAUUGUGUACAAAGUUUACAGCCCCCUACAUUUAUAUACUGUGGAAAACAACACAACAGAAACAUUCCAGCUUUGGUUUCUCUUGAAUCAAAACACGCUGCUCUGGAGAGUAGAUGGGAUCAUCCCAUCGUCUGAUGUGUUGCUGGAUUAAAGGCCUAACAAGUGCAAUUCAAGUAUACAUCAAAAGUAUCACUUCAGGGAAAAUAUUUCUUUCUUUAAAGGUGCAUAUUAUUCUAUACUCAAAAGUGCUGCUAUAAACAGACAACCAGCUGUGCCAUAAAACAAAGAUUAUACUUUACAUAAUAAAUAUACUGCAACAGAUGAAUGUAGGGGUUGGGUUAUCUUUAGAAAUCAUGUUGAACAAAAAGAAAAAAAACCUGAUGCAAAGCCUGACAUGAGAUCAGAAGCCUUUUUGUUUCCAAAGAUGGUUCCUGGUUGAUAUUUCAAUAUCUUUAAAUAAGAUCUAUUAUGGUGAGAGCACUGUUUGAGUAUUUGUUUGUCAUGUGAUUGUGUGACUCAAGGGACCAGUAAGACAUUUUGGUUUUUAUUCAUUGUAUGCUGAACACAACGCUUCUGCAGAAUGCCAAAUCAUCAAUGACGGUUUACAAUGUAAGAAAUGUUAACUACUGUACUAACGAGAGAGAAAUCUAGAACAUUUAUGAACAAAUCUAAUGCCUGGAGUUAAUAUUUGUAUCUUCAAUAAAUGGUAUUCAACUGUGA